AAUAUCCUGACGCUCGCUGCGCCCUCUUCUGUUUUGCCUGUGUUCGCUCGUUAUUUCAGUAUCUUUCUUACGCAAAACUGCGUCUUCUCCUCUGCUCUCCGUGGAUCUGCCAUCGCUCCGUGUUUCAUUUUGCUUUUCCCCAACUUCUCCCUUCAUUCGAACAACGAUUCGUCGCAGACUCGGGUUUGCUCCGUCUACCCCCCCGCCCUACCCAGGAAAAUACCCCUCCUGCCGGCGACAGUACUUCUGUAGAUAGGAUAGAAGCACCUAUCUGCUACUUUCAAUAUCAAUUAGGGCCUUCGAUACGCCCAUCGGACUGCUAAACUCACUGCUCGAACUCAAGGAUACCGUAUCUUGGGGGGAAUUUGGUAUCACUGUUAAUAACACCCAAAAAUUCCUGUCUUUUCUGGCUGACACCUUUCCUGAGUCUCAUCGACUAUGAGGCGAUCGCGGAGGUUGGCGUCGAAGCCGUUCCUUCUCUUUGUACUGUUUCUAUGUCUGGUAGCUCUGGUUGGCAAAGUGGGAGCGCAAGGCCCUGAUGAUAAGGAAGAUAAACCAAGCCGAACAAAUAACCCGGGACCUCCUCCCAAAACGACUGAUAACCCCAGACCAACCACCACCGCCCCUCAAAGUACUGAUGAAGACAAGCCACGAACGACUCAGAAGCCAACCGAAACUGACCAGCCGAAUGAUGAGGACCUCCCACCUCUCACAACAACGGACCCGUCUACUACCACGACCAACGGCAACUUGCCUUCAAUAACCAGUGACUCUCCUUUCAGUCUUCCUCCCCUUUUCAAAAUACCCACCCCACAAGUGCCUCCAGCGGCCGGAGCCCCAUACCUCGAAGUCUCAAGCCUACCAGAGGGCACCAUCUUCAUUGCAGUAGGCGCCGCCCUGGGCCUUUUCGGCCUGAUAGUAUUCCUCUGGAGAGUGCUGGUAGCUUGGUCAAUCAACCGUUCCGUCCGUCGUGCAGCAACUCGUCCUGAGCAGUCAGAUUCAACCCCCGCGCUCCUUAACAAGCGGAAAUCCGGCGUCUACCCGCAACUUGCGCCCGGUUCAUCCAUGUCGAUGGAGAAAAUGGGUGGCAGUGGCGCACGCCUUUCCGGAUUACCACCGCGGAACCACACACCAAACUCGAGUCUCUUUUUCUCCCCGACUGCCGGCGCGGGUAUGCAUACGAGCGGGAACAGGGGCUCCGGCUACCUCCCCGCCGGAUACUAUGCUGCGGGAGCAGCCUCCGGCCCUGGCCAAUCGAUAGGUCUCUCGCCGCUAGGCCCACAGACGCAGGGUUACACCCGCACGAGAUCUGCGAGUGGUAUAACUCCGCCUGGUUCGCCAAGUCUGGCACCGACAAGUCGUGGUGGAGGUCACGAGCAAGGCUAUCCUUCAACCAGUAGUGUGAAUCUAUCCGUUGCGCCGCAGGGGCGAGCGCCAAGUGCGUAUCUAGAAGAUUUGUUUGAAAACCACAACCCUCCUGGUCGAUGA